AUGACGACUCCACGACAGAUCAAAUUUUCCUUCCUCGCCCGCGAACAAUCAGAAGGUGCGGGUGCUGUGGUACGGCGCUCAAUCGGCACACCUAAACUGCGCCAUUUCACACCUUUCCUCAUGCUCGAUCACUUCAGGGUACCUCCCAGUGCGGGAUUCCCCGACCACCCUCAUCGAGGACAAGAGACGAUCACCUAUCUCAUGAAAGGCGCCGUUCAUCACGAAGACUUCGCCGGCAAUGCAGGAAAACUCGGGCCUGGCGAUCUGCAAUUCAUGACUGCAGGCCGGGGAAUAGUGCACGCGGAGAUGCCCUCGCCAACCGAAGAUCUCAGCAUCGGCAUGCAACUCUGGGUCGACUUACCGGAGAAUCUCAAAUCCUGCGAACCUCGAUACCGCGAUCUUCGUGCAGAGGAGAUCCCAAUCGCCAAGUCCGACGACGGAAAGGUCACCGUGAAGGUCAUUUCCGGCAAAAGCCUGGGCGUCGAGUCUCUGAAGGACCUGGCCUACACGCCUGUGUGGCUUCUUGAUAUCACAAUCCAACCGGGUGGAAAGAUCACGCAGGAACUGCCGCAAGGAUGGAAUGCGUUUGCGUACACCCUCGAAGGCGCGGUCACAUUCUCCAAUGGCUCCGAUGCACACAAAGCAGAAACAGUCACACCCUACCACAACGUCGUCUUCGAGCAGGCCGGCGACUUAGUGACCGCUUCAGUGGAAGAAGGCGCUCAUGAAGGUGCACAAUUCAUCCUCGUCGCGGGCCAGCCGUUGGAUCAGAACAUUGUUCAGUAUGGCCCGUUUGUGACCACCUCCAAGGAAGCCAUCUAUCAAGCCAUGAUGGAUUACCAGACCUCGUCCAACGGGUUCGAAAGGGCAGCAAAUUGGGAGAGUGAAAUUGGAAAGAGUAUGAGAUAA